AUGUCCUCAAGUAUCCCAGGGGUCAAGCAGAAGGUCAUCGGCCUCGUCUCGGGCGGCAAGGACAGCUGCUUCAACCUCAUGCACUGUAUCGCCAACGGGCACGAGAUUGUCGCCCUAGCUACUCUUACUCCCGAAGAGGGUAUCGACGAACUCGACUCGCAUCUGUACCAAUCAGUCGGCACGCACCUCCUGCCCCUCCUCGCCGAAUCCAUGGACAUUCCCCUUUUCACCGGCAUCAUCCGCGGCCACGCCGUCGAAAAAGGGCCCGAAUACGGCUCCCGUCUCCGAGGCGGAGAAGGCAGCGGCGAGCAAGGCGACGAAACCGAAGACCUCACAUCCCUUCUCCAAACCGUGCUCGCCAAACACCCGGACGCUACUGCUCUUGCAUCUGGCGCGAUCCUAUCGACGUACCAGAGGAUUAGGAUCGAACAUGUUUGUGGGAGGUUGGGGUUGACGAGUUUGAGUUAUUUGUGGCAGAGUGAGCAGGGGCCGUUGUUGGAUAGGAUGUUGGGGAGCGGGGUGGAAGCUGUUAUUAUGAAAGUAGCUGGGGUUGGGUUGGGGCCGAGGAUUGUUGGCAAGCAGCUUGGGGCUAUCAUGCCGCUGCUUUCGAAACUUGAAGCGCAAUAUGGCUCUCAUCCUGCUGGAGAGGGCGGUGAAUACGAGACUUUGACGCUCUCUACACCGCUCUUUUCGCACAGACUGAACCUUGUGGAGACAGAAGUCAUCGUCACCGAUCCGGAACCAUACCCCGUCGCGUAUCUCAAGGUGAUCAAGGCGGAAUUGGAGGAAAAGUCAGGAUGGAAAAAGCCAACUGUGAACGAGCUCAGAGAGUUAUUGGGUCUCGAUGAAGAGCCGGGACUGGCCGGGCUGGAUGAAGAAGGGCAGGAAAGGCUGGAAGAGCUCGGUUCUAGAUCCAUCGAACCUCUUCAGGACGAAUUGGACUUGAGGUCUUUGCAAGUGGAAGACAAAGAAGAUUAUUUUGAGGUUCAGUUCGCUCAAAAGGGUCGUUGGUUUACCGUGGGCGUCCAAGGGCGCACUGUGCCCGAUGAGGAUGUUGGAGCAGAGCUCAAAUCCUGCUUUGACGCCAUCUCCAGAAAACUCCAAUCCCAGAACCUCUCGCUCCCCCUCCACGCAGCCCACAUAACCCUCCUCCUCUCCAACAUGUCCCUCUUCCUCCCCGCCAACGCCAUCUACAAAACCUAUUUCGGCACCUCCCCUCCUUCGCGCGCUACUGUCGCCGUACCCCUCUCUUCCGGGCGGGUCCGCGUGGAAGUCGUCGGGUUCGACGAUACGCCCUCCAAAAGUGGCGGGGGUAACGUCGGGGGCAGGUCGGCGUUGCAUGUGCAGGGAUUGAGUUACUGGGCCCCAGCCAAUAUCGGGCCUUACUCUCAAGCCGUGCUCGUCUCUUCCCGUCUCCAUCUCGCCGGACAAAUCCCCCUUAUCCCAGCUUCGCUCACCCUCCCUUCACCUCCCCAUGCGCCGUUGUCGGUGUAUCCGCACCAAGCGACGUUGGCGUUACAGCAUGUGGGCAAGAUUUUGGGUGUUAUGAGGAGCAAAAAUUCGACGGGAGGGGGGUGGGGGGGGUGGGUGGAGAGUGUUGUGGGGUGGUGGGCUAGGACGGGGGGUGGGGGAGAUGGGGAGGGGGUGGGUGUUGCGAGGGAUGCUUGGAGGAUAUGGGCUGCGCGUGCAACACCCGAAGCUCCUGCGCUCUUUGUGCAAGCUAAAGAACUCCCUAAGGGUGCUCUUGUGGAGUACCAAGUCAACCUCCACACUGGACGUCGAGACCAGACCCUCCUCACACAAGGGAAUGCUGACGACGAUGAUGACGAUGACGAGUUGAAGGUGGUGUAUGAACAAUGCUCAGGAGAAGAUAUGUGGUGGGAGAGUAGCAGGACUGUUGGCAGAGAUCUGGGCUGUAGGGGUAUCGUUUUCGCCAAGGAUGGUAUAGAUGUGAAUGCGCUCGUCCGGUCUUCGGGUCCUGGGGACGCCAAGCUCGCACUCCUUCUCGCCAAAGCUGUCUCUAUCAGAGUUUACCAUACUCUUUCCAUCGGUCCUGUUCAGAUCCAUUCGCUUCUACCGUCGCUUUCGCAAGCUGCGUUUACGCUGGUACCGGUGUGUUCAAUACACGACCGACAGGGGAGAAGCGUGCCGCUGGCUUUGGAGGUGUUUGGCAUUUGA